GAGGCGGGACGCGGGCCUGGGCGCGGGCCGGGCUGGGACCGCAGCGAGCGCGGCCUGGCGGGGCUCGGGGCCCGGGGCGGCGGGGCCUUCGCCGUGGCCGCGGGACCAUGUUGGAGAUCUGCCUAAAGCUGGUGGGCUGCAAAUCCAAGAAGGGGCUCUCCUCGUCCUCCAGCUGCUACCUGGAAGAAGCCCUACAGAGGCCUGUGGGAUCUGACUUUGAGCCCCAGGGUCUCAGCGAAGCAGCUCGAUGGAACUCCAAGGAAAACCUUCUUGCCGGGCCUAGUGAAAAUGACCCCAAUCUUUUUGUGGCACUCUAUGAUUUUGUGGCCAGUGGAGAUAACACUCUUAGCAUCACUAAAGGUGAAAAGCUCCGCGUCUUAGGUUAUAAUCACAAUGGGGAAUGGUGUGAAGCCCAAACGAAAAAUGGCCAAGGAUGGGUCCCAAGCAACUACAUCACCCCUGUCAACAGCCUGGAGAAACAUUCCUGGUAUCACGGGCCAGUAUCCCGAAAUGCCGCUGAGUAUCUGCUGAGCAGCGGGAUCAACGGCAGCUUCUUGGUGCGCGAGAGUGAAAGUAGUCCGGGCCAGAGGUCCAUCUCGCUGCGGUAUGAAGGGAGAGUGUACCACUACAGGAUCAACACGGCCUCUGAUGGCAAGCUCUACGUCUCCUCGGAGAGCCGCUUCAACACUCUGGCUGAGUUAGUUCACCAUCAUUCCACGGUGGCUGAUGGGCUCAUCACCACGCUCCACUACCCUGCUCCCAAGCGCAACAAGCCCACCAUCUACGGCGUGUCUCCCAACUAUGACAAGUGGGAAAUGGAGCGCACAGACAUCACCAUGAAGCACAAGUUGGGUGGAGGCCAGUACGGGGAGGUGUACGAGGGUGUGUGGAAGAAGUACAGCCUGACCGUGGCCGUGAAGACCUUGAAGGAAGACACCAUGGAGGUGGAAGAGUUCCUGAAGGAGGCCGCAGUGAUGAAGGAGAUCAAACAUCCUAACCUGGUGCAGUUGCUAGGAGUAUGUACACGGGAGCCCCCGUUCUACAUCAUCACUGAGUUCAUGACCUAUGGGAACCUGCUGGACUACCUGAGGGAAUGUAACCGGCAAGAGGUGAGCGCCGUGGUGCUGCUCUACAUGGCCACGCAGAUCUCAUCAGCCAUGGAGUACCUGGAGAAGAAGAACUUCAUCCACAGAGACCUUGCUGCUCGGAACUGCCUGGUUGGAGAAAACCACUUGGUGAAGGUGGCUGAUUUUGGCCUGAGCAGGUUGAUGACAGGAGACACCUACACAGCCCAUGCUGGAGCCAAAUUCCCUAUCAAGUGGACUGCUCCCGAGAGCCUGGCCUACAACAAAUUCUCCAUAAAGUCAGAUGUCUGGGCAUUCGGAGUAUUGCUCUGGGAAAUUGCUACCUAUGGCAUGUCACCUUACCCAGGAAUUGACCUGUCUCAGGUUUAUGAGCUGCUGGAAAAAGACUACCGCAUGGAGCGCCCUGAAGGCUGCCCAGAGAAGGUCUAUGAACUCAUGCGAGCAUGUUGGCAGUGGAAUCCCUCGGACCGACCCUCCUUUGCUGAAAUCCACCAAGCCUUUGAAACCAUGUUCCAAGAAUCCAGUAUCUCAGAUGAGGUGGAGAAGGAGCUGGGGAAACGGGGCAUGAGAGGAGCUGCCGGCAGCAUGCUGCAGGCCCCAGAGCUACCCACCAAGACCAGGACCUGCAGGAGAGCGGCUGAGCAGAAAGAUGCAGCUGACACCUCUGAGCUGCUCCACACAAAGGGCCUGGGAGAGAGCGAUGCGCUGGACAGUGAGCCUGCUGUAUCGCCACUACUUCCUCGGAAAGAGCGUGGGCCCCCAGAUGGCAGCCUAAAUGAAGAUGAGCGCCUUCUCCCCAAAGACAAGAAGACCAACUUGUUCAGCGCCUUGAUUAAGAAGAAGAAGAAAAUGGCACCGACUCCCCCUAAGCGCAGCAGCUCCUUCCGAGAGAUAGAUGGCCAGCCAGAGCGCAGAGGAGCUAGUGAGGAUGAUGGCCGGGAAAUCAGCAAUGGGCCACCAGCUCUCACCUCAUCAGACGCAGCAGAGCCUACCAAGUCCCCAAAGGCCAGCAAUGGGGCUGGCGUCCCCAAUGGAGCCUUCCGGGAGCCAGGAAGCUCAGGCUUCCGUUCUCCCCACCUGUGGAAAAAGUCCAGCACACUGACCAGCAGCCGCCUGGCUGCCAGUGAAGAGGAGAGUGGCAUCAGCUCCAGCAAGCGUUUCCUGCGCUCCUGCUCAGCCUCCUGCAUGCCCCAUGGGGCUAGGGACACAGAGUGGCGGUCAGUCACGCUGCCUCGGGACCUGCCAUCUGCUGGCAAGCAGUUUGACUCAUCCACCUUUGGAGGGCACAAAAGCGAAAAACCAGCUCUGCCUCGGAAACGUGCCAGUGAGACCAAGUCUGAGCAGGUGGCCAGGGGCACAGUGACACCCCCUCCCCGGCUGGUAAAGAAGACUGAGGAAGCUGCUGAUGAAGUCUUUAAAGACAUGGAAGCCAGCCCGGGCUCGAGUCCUCCCAGCUUGACUCCCAAACUUCUCCGUAGGCAGGUCACUGCCUCUCCUUCCUCUGGCCUCUCUCACAAGGAAGAGGCCACCAAGGGCAAUGCCUCGGGGACGGGGACUCCUGCCAAUGCCGAGCCGACACCCCCCAGCAACAGAGUCGGCCUUAACAAGGCCUCCUCUGAGGAGACCCGAGUAAGGAGGCACAAGCACAGCUCAGAGUCCCCAGGGAAAGACAAGGGGCGGCUGUCCAAGCUCAAGCCUGCCCCUCCACCUCCGCCUGCCUCUGUAGGGAAAGCAGGAAAGCCUGCACAGAGCCCUAGCCAAGAGGUGGCUGGGGAGGCAAGUGGGGCCACAAAGACAAAAUGCACAAGUCUGCCUAUGGAUGCUAUGAACAGUGACCCCACCAAGGCUGGCCAGCCUGGAGAAGGACUAAGAAAGCCUGCACCCCCAUCAGUGCCAAAGCCUCAGGCGGCUACUAAGCCUUCAGGGACCCCCACCAGCCCCGUCUCCACACCCUCCACAGUGCCAGCACCUUCAGCUCUGGCCGGGGACCAGCAGCCAUCUUCUGCCGCCUUCAUCCCCCUCAUAUCAACCCGUGUGUCUCUUCGAAAGACCCGCCAGCCACCAGAGCGCAUCGCCAGUGGCACCAUCACCAAGGGUGUGGUUCUGGAUAGUACUGAGGCCCUGUGCCUCGCCAUCUCCCGGAACUCAGAGCAGAUGGCCAGCCACAGUGCUGUGCUGGAGGCCGGGAAGAACCUGUACACAUUCUGCGUGAGCUACGUGGACUCUAUCCAGCAGAUGAGGAACAAGUUUGCCUUCCGAGAGGCCAUCAACAAGCUGGAGAGCAACCUUCGAGAGCUGCAGAUCUGCCCUGCAACAGCCUCUGGUGGGCCAGCGGCCACACAGGACUUCAGCAAGCUGCUCAGCUCUGUGAAGGAGAUCAGUGACAUCGUACGGAGGUAGCAGCGACCAGCGCACAUCAGCGGGAGAUGCUGCAGUCCAUGGGGCUUUUGUGCCUGUAAGGAUGGGGACAUAGGCCUGGGGAGCUGGCAGCAUGACCCAGGAGCUUUACAAAGCAUCAGGCAGAGCCAGGGCCUAAAGGAGUCGGCCCUUCCACCUGCGUUGUGCACCAGCCGGUCUACACCUUUCCCACCCAGCCCACCUCUCCUCACUGCCUCUGUGUGGGCCUCCUGAAGAUUACAGCUGGCCUGCCAGGCCGCCAGACUCAGCCCUCCCCAGUGCCUCAGACCCAGCUCCAAACCCACCUGGGAGUGCCCAGGACUGUCCUUUCCACGUUCUCACAGGGUGUCCUCCUCGGGUGCGCCUUCUUGUCACCAAGGCAUGGGAGCCCCUAUGUUUGCUCUCCCUGAACCUUCUAUCCUUAAAGAACGGUUUCAGAGAGGCUGUACCCACUGCUCUCUCAGAUGAAGGAAGCUGUUGAUUGAAGGGUCAUGAGGGCCUAAAGCCAAGAGCCCAGGCGGGUGUGUCCUGGAGACAGUGGAGCUGGGCAGUGUGGUCUGUCACCUGUUGUCUAUAUCCUCAGUGCUGUGCCCUGUAGAUCCUGGAUAGUAAGCUUGAGUUUCAUGGGUGGCAGUCACCGGCUGGCCAGGCACACGGCCAGGCCAAGCCUCGGGCUCCAGGGUCCCCCAAAAAUCUGAAUUUCUGAGUAGUCUUCUUUCCCUGUCCUCAAAAAUCAGGCCCAUCCUCUUCCGGUCCUUGCCUUGAUGACAAUGGUCCGGACUUCUGGUGUUUUUGAGCAUUUCAAAGCUCCACACAGAAAGGAGCAGCCACUGGGUACAAACAGGAAGGAAGGACCACUGGCCCAGGGCUCUCCUGAGCCCUGGCUGCUUCUCAGAGCUGCUGCUUAACCACAGGAACAGUGCUUGCCCAGUGCCCCUGGGGGCACACACAGCAAGGCUGGGGUGGGUAUACUGUGCAGACUUAGCUAGGGCAUGUCUUCCUUCCUCAGGCAGCCGGGACCAGAGCUGAGCAUAGAGACAGGUUAUGGGCAUGUCCUUGACUGACCCAGAAUAGCCAGCUGAAGAGCAGGUCACCUCCAGGACCUUGUACUGGGCCAGGAGAGACACCUCCAUGUUCCCUGCCUCUCCACUGUAGCUGUGCUGCGCUGGCCCCAGGCCCCACCAAUCACCUAGACUCGCUUGUAUUUUUCCGGUAGAGAUGAUUUCCGUGGUCCUCAUAGCACAUCACCUCCUUACCUCCAACAGCUGUUCUGCAGCCCAAGGGAGGUUGUGCCACACUGCCAGCAGCCUUGAAAAGCCAGGCACCCCCAUGCCCUGACACCAUGUUCACAAGGUACCGGUCUGUUGUUGCUGACCUGGUGUGCCACUAUAUUUUGCAUUACACUUUGGUAUUACACUCUUUUUAUAGACUUGCUCUCUUAUAAAUGACAUGUAAAUAGUUCACCACUGUGCCCCCUCUGGCACACCAACAGCAUCCCUCUUUUUUUCUCAGUCCAGUACAUUUUGUUUUUGUAUAUGACUCUGUGGUUUUUGAAUCCAAAUCUCUCUGUAGUAUUUUUUAAAUAAAUAAGUGUUUACAGAA